ACAAGAUUUCGAAGUCACUGUCACUGCAUGUUGACUGCAGAUAUCUAAUAAUCUUUUCAGAAAAAUACAUGUAUUAAGAAGGUCUCUGUGAUUAACAUCUAAUACAUGUUUUAGGGAGGCAGAAUAGAGGAAAGGAGAGGAAAAUGAUUGGUGCAGACUGUCUAUGGAUAAUGUUAAUAGUGACUGUCCAUUUGGUGGAUGUCUCGCUCUCUGACUGUAAAUUUCCUGUACACAAUACAGACAGAGAUCUACAGAAACGGAUACAACCAUUAGUGGGAAAAACCUUCAGUGGCAAAGAUGCAUCAGAAAAAUAUAAAUAUUUCUUUGGUGUCUGUACGGAAGCUUUGGCUAAAAGCAUGAUUACUGGUGGUGAAACAUACGGGCUGUUACAAAAGAGUGUGGAAACAAACAAGUUUUAUAGAUUAGGAAAAUAUACAAAUACAACAAUCAUAUCAGGAAAUGAUUGGUUGAUCCUGGAGUACUUGGAUGGCGAGCCCUAUCAUUCACACUGUGGUUCCGAGCCUCGCAGGGGUCGUGUCAUGUUAAACUGUGACAGCAGUGUUAGUUUAGGGACUGAGGAACUGAUUGUUUUGGAGGAAGAGAACAACAAAACUCAUGACUGUUUUUAUUUAUUUGAGAUGAAAACCAGUGUAGUGUGCCCCAAAACUCUCAAUAUCAGCCUUAGCCUAAGUGUGGGCACUAUUCUUAUCAUUGUGUUUCUCUGUGUAAUGUCAUUGUAUCUUAUAUUGGGAUGUGCAUACAUGAGGUUUGUUCUUCAUGCCAAAGGAAAAGAACAGUGCCCUAAUUAUGAAUUCUGGCAGGACUUUGGAAAUCUUCAAGCCGAUGGGUGUGAUCUGGUGUGUCGGUCCAAGAAACCCCCCGGGUCCCGGUCAUAUAAAGGCAUUGGUGAUGACCAGUUGGAGGGUGAUGAUGAGAGAGAUGAUCAUCUCUUACCCAUGUGAUGUCCAUUUACUGACCAAGAAUUCACAUAUCUCUUAUGUGUAAAUUGUUUUUGUUUCACACAUUCCCAGGUUUUAAUGCAUUUGAUUUAUUUCUACUAAAUGCAGAAAUUAAGCAUGACAGUUAAAACAUUUAAAAGUUAUUUUAAAAGUGGUUAUUUACAUGUGGGGGAAAUUUACACUGAAUUCACAGGAAGCUUAAAGCCCUGUUAAACUUUUUUGUUUAUGGAAGGGAAAGAAAUAUUUUAUAUACUUUUGAUACAUGGUAACCAUAAAAUUCAGGACCUUGUUUUUUUUUUAUACCCACAUAUUAUGCUUGUGUGUUAAAAAUGUACUUUAUUUACAGCAUAAAUAACCACUCUUACAUUGUUUUGUUGUUUAGUGAAUUAUACCUGUAAAAUACUUUUGAGUUUUUCACUUUGUCAGUCCCUCUCCAAAGUUAAGGCAAUAGCCCAGUAGCUUUUGGUGGUCUAUUGUACAAGAUAUGUUGCAAUUAAGUCCAAAAAAUAUACUAUAAAUAAUAAUAAUGCAAUAUAUAAAAUAAAUGUUUUCAUGAAUAUUUGUAUCACCACGGUUGAUAAAGUAGUUGUAACUAAAUAAGUAUUGUAUCAUAAAUAUGUGUUACAUGUAUAUGUUAAUACUCAGUGUGUGAUUAUUUACAUGUAAUGAGGUUUAUGAAUUCCUUCCAACAACUAAAUCUAAAAAAUCUAAAGACUGGGCAAACAUUUUGAGAUCACUCUUAGGGUACACGUUUUAGACAUUUUUGUGUUUAUGAACAAUCUUAUACAAGAUAAAUUCCAAGUUUUAUAGUUGUGGAAUACAGAUUUUUUUUUGGUUCCAUGAAUUCCUCCAUUUCUUAUAGUUUUCCUGCUACUGUGGAGCAUUCCGUUUUCCAGCAUUCUGUUGACAUGGCUCCAGCAGAUAUACAUGUGUACAGUUCCUACCUGUUUAUCAUUUGAAAUCUGGCAUUUUUGAAUGAAUUCUCAGCAGUGGUGUAGUUUGAAUAAUUGUCCAAAUCAUAAUUUUUUCUUUAUGCUGUGCUUUUGAGUUUAGUGCAAAAAAGUGUGGGAUACAUAUAUUUAAUGAAUGAUGAAGUUGUACAUGGCAUGUUUGGGGUCCAAAAAUUGUAACCCAUCAUCCCCUACCAUGGAAUAAAUGUGUGCAGGUAAAAAGACAUGUGGUGCUUUGAUAGCUUUACACUGCAGCUUCUGUCAACUCAGAUGUGGUUUGUAGAAAAUGAAUAAUUUAUCAUUUCCUCAUGAAUGGAAGCGGUGAACAAAAGUUGUAAGAAUUUUCUCUGUAAAUACUCAUUUAAUUAGUGCUGUGUAAAGAAGUGUGUUUUCUUUAUAUUUUAUUAAAGAAUUGAUGUAGUUUAUAUGUAUGUAUGGAUGUAUAAUUUUGGUCUAAAAACUUGAUUUUUUAAAAACCUAUAAUUAAUAAAUAAGUAAUAUGA